AUGGAUCCCAACGAUCCUUUGGGCCUGGGGAUCCCGGAUGAAGACGAUUGGGUCUACACGGGGCCUGUUGCUAAGAACAGCUCUACCGCUGAGCCAGUCGAGUCUCCCCAAGAUGCACAAGCGAACAUCUCGUACUUCUUCGAAGAAGCUGUGGGCAUUCAAGAUCCGAUCGAUAGAGGUACCGCUACUAUCAAACGACGCAUAAAGCGCCCCCUAAGAUCCUACAACCGUUACAAAGCUGGUAACACCGCUUACAACCAGAGACGGUAG